AUGGAGCAGGAGAAGGAAGCAGGGGAAUCACCUUUAAUAAGGGGAAAGUCUGCCGUCGAUUCCGGAGGAGCUUUAGAUGCAAGUAAGGGAGAGAACGUAGAUGAGGAAGUGAAACGCCACCAAUUAAGAGUGGAAAGGAAGCGACUGCGACAGAUCUUGCAGUUAGCCGAGAAGUCCGCGAACGGACACCCGUUGAAUCCUGACCAGCAAGCCAAACUGGCUCGUCGUGCCGAGGUUGAAGCCCUUAUCGCCCAAUUGGAGGCUUCAUGUUCCGUCUCGUCCAACUGA